AUGGAUCGUAGGACGAAUUCGCUCCAAACUUGGGCCAUAUUAUCCAAGGACAAGGUGGAGGAAAAGACGGUCAUGAACGUGCUCGAGCGAUUGCUGCACGCGUGGCAUUGUUCCUAG